ACACAGAGGGGAGAGCAGUGUGCUGGUCUCAUUGUCCUCGCGUGGCUCCGGUGGGUCGCUCUCCCUCCCUGCGUCCCGGUGUCCGGUGGAACGCGUCCGGGUCCGGGCACCGUCACCCUCCUCCACCUCCUCCGCCUCCAUAUUAUAUAUAACCGAGAAGGAAACUGGAUGGGACGCACCACACCACGCACACACACACGAGCACGGGCAAUCCCGGAAAUAACAUGCGUACUCUCAGCCUGUCACGUACGCUCACGGAGGACUUGCAUCGCUGCAGGCUCACGUAGGUCUCACCACAGCCUCCAGAUGUUUGGAAACUGGACACAAAUAAACAUCCAGCUGCUCCAGAGGUUUGAGUGAGACUCGGUGAGGAACAAGUGGGUUGGGACUCGGACAUGAAACUUCUCGUCUCCACUGUGUGGCUCCGCUGCUCAGCCAGAACAUGAGGCGAGGACGUGAGCUACGUGCGCACCCAGCUCAUGACGAGAUGAAAUGGAGAGCUUGGGACACACGGACCUUUUAAACCCGAGCUCCUCCCGCGGAUCCGACGCAGCCUCCGCCCCGCAGCAGCAGCAGCACCAAGGAAGGACGAGCGGCCGAGCACCGGCAGAGAUCCACCGCGCGUACCGGGCGGACAUGGGGCUGAAAGGCUUCUGCGCGCCGCCGAUGGGGAGCCCCACCGCCGCGGAGCUCCUCGCGGGUCUGGCCUCUCAGACCGACUCACCUGGGAUCACCGCGCCGACCAAGCAGUGCAAGACCGGCGUGCCGCUCUACAACGCCGGGGUGGUGUCUCCCUCCGCCACCGUGGAGGGCAGCCACGCAGGCGUCACGGCGCACACGCCGAGCCGUUACCCGCCACAUGUGAUGGGGGUUGCGGGUGUAACUGGUGACCUGGUUUACCCCUUCACCAGCAGGGCCUUUCUGGGGGAGAACGGGGACCGGACUGGUCAUGAGAAGUGCCCUGUAGCGAUGAGGAGGAUGAACGGUGACCUGAAAGUCAGACAGGGGCAACCACAGAAACGGAGGGGUGGAGAGAUCCGGGACAUGGAGACUCUUAAUGGGCUGGUGGUGGGGUCACCGGGGUCACCAGGGUCAGGGGGCUCUGGGAGUCCUGCAUUUGCCCCCAGAGACUUGGACAUAAAGAGGAGAUGGUUGGCAGAGGGAAGCGUGGCCCACAAAUCUGCAGAGGACCCCAGGGUGGCACGAGCAGUCGCCCCACUCACAGCCACCGUCAACUGCAGCAACAGCUCUCAUUGCAACCAAAUGACUAUCAGUCGAGUGCACUGUGUCCCCCCCCAGUCUCCCUUCACCCACCCUGCCCUUCACACUAACCAGCACAAUGGACUCAAGAUGGCCUCUUUGGGCUCGCCAUCUGCACCCAGCCAGACCUCAUCCGUGGAGGCCAACUGCAUCCCGACCAUCCCACCUCCCACAGGGGCCGGCUGGUCGGCUGAGCGCAUCGCCCAGCAGUACAUCGUCCCCUGCAUGAAAUACUACGGCAUCUGCGUGAAGGACAACUUCCUGGGCCUUCAGCUGGGCAACAGGGUCCUGGAGGAAGUGGACGUCCUAAACCACAGCGGGAAAUUCAGUGGCGGGCAGCUGGUGAGCCAGAGGAGCAUCCCCUCAGGGAACAUCCGGGGCGACCAGAUCGCCUGGGUGGAGGGACACGAGCCCGGCUGUGAGAGCAUCACGGCGCUGAUGGCUCACAUCGAUGAGGCCGUCAUGUACAGCGCCGCCAAUGGACAGCUGGGCGACUGUAUCAUCAAUGGACGCACCAAGGCCAUGGUUGCCUGUUACCCGGGUAACGGGGCAGGGUAUGUCCGCCAUGUUGACAAUCCGAACGGUGACGGUCGCUGCAUCACAUGUAUCUACUAUCUUAACAAGAACUGGGAUGUGAAGAAACAAGGAGGGUUGUUGCAGAUCUACCCUGAAGGUAAAAAUGUGGUCGCCAACAUCGAGCCUCUUUUUGACCGACUGCUCAUCUUCUGGUCCGACCGCAGGAACCCGCACGAGGUCAAGCCGGCCUACGCCACUCGCUAUGCCAUCACAGUCUGGUACUUUGAUGCCAAAGAGAGAGCAGAGGCUAAAGAGAAAUACUUAUUGGCGUCGGGACAGAAAGGUGUCCAAGUGCCUGUCACUCAAAACAACAGGACAUAGACGUCUGUUUGGUGGAGAGCACUCUGAUUGUUAUGUGCCUUCCAAACCCGCUGAUGGACGUUGUGAUGGUAAAAGGGAGAUGCUGUUAAACUGUCAGUCAACUCUGCAGCUCCACGCCACUCUGAGCGACGUCAGCUCUCAGAUCCAGGGUUUCCUGCCAUUCGAUUGGCCGGCUGCUGAUCAGAGAUACAGCAGAUACAGAGCACAACGCGCUGGAUUGAAUUGUGGCAAAGGUGAAUGACGCAUCGUCAUAACUGUCUCAGCCUCACUGAAUCAUCCAUGAAGACAUCAAACUGAAAAAAAAACAGACUCCUUGAUUUCAUUUCGUUUGGGUUUUGCCUGUUCUGUUAUCAGCGAUGUUGUGACUUUUUAUAUUUGACUCUGCUCUGGUGUCAGUUUCAAUUCAGACACAAGAUGCAUUAAAUGAUCCAUCAGAGAACAGGGGGUGAAAGGAGUAGUGAUCAAUGAACUUGUAUGUGAAAGACUUAUUUCCCCCUUGACUGUGAUUUGGUCCCCUUGUCUCAUGAUGUGGGGCAGUGUGUGAGUGUUUGUGUGUGUGUCUGUGUGUGGUCAGUGUGAAGACAGAGACAAGGAAGUCACCCACAAAGCAUCAAGUCAUUCUCAUGAGAGCCACCAUGAUUUAGUGGCGCUUGUUCAAUCAGUCCUGGCUCAAGCACGAAUCCUGAACAUUUCAGGGACGGUUACUCUCAUUUUUAUAAUUUGCAUGAGUAUAACUUUACACUUAGAUUGUACUCUGUGUAGCACAGCAAUUAUAUGCCAUGCUUUGUUUCAGGACAUUCUUACAACACCUGUUUGAAAAUAUACAAACUACAAAUUUUGCAUCAGCCUCAAAUUUGUGCCACUAAAGCCCUGAGAACAAAGCAUGAAAGUUUGAGUGGUGGCAACAAAUGAACCUUAACGACACAAAGGCAACAUCCACACUACUAUGUUUUUCAAUGAGCUGCUAAAACAAAACGUCCGGAAACGCUGCUAGCCCCGUUUUAGUUUGAAAACUCCGGUGCUGCGUUUGACAGGCAGGCAUGGGCAUGUUUGGAAAUUAUGGCGUAGCCACUCACAUCCGCCUGCUGAUUGGGUAUUCCUGGUCACUACAUAGCCUUCGCUGAUAUGACAUGACCCCCUUCUAGAAUAAAACAAUCUGCAUUAGCCUCCAGUGGAGAACGCAAUAUGGAUAAUCUAUUACGAGCGUAGCUGACCCUGUUAUCUUUGCUAACAGCUGUUGCGCAGUUAAAUUCAGCGUUUUACAAUGAUGCUUAACGUGUGAAGGAGAUGAGCUAUUAUUCGAGCAAUCUGCAGCACAGAUUCAUGCUCAAUGUAUGUGACUGGUCAUGUGAUGCGCGUGUUAUUAUGGACGUGAAUGAAAAUCGAUACAGAGCCAAAACGCUUUUGCGGACCAGGGAAGAAAAUGUAGUAAUAUGGAUGUAGACAAAGCUUUUCUACAUCCUUGGUGGGUAGCGCUUCCUGUUUGCCUGAAACACAUGUCUCCCACUCGAGACAAGAGGUGAGCUGACCAUCGGCAGGGGUCAAAGCAGGGUUUGAUGAGUGUGUGUUGGCUUGUUUGUGUGUACAUGCCUGUAAGGAGAUUUUAGCUCAGCUCUCUCCAGCUCCUAACAUGAUGGAGACUGUGUGUAUCACCAGUCAAAACCCAGAAAGGAUGGUGGACAACAGAUCUUUUUUUUUUUUUAAAGGAACAAAAAUGACAACAUUCAACUAAACAUUACUCAUCAAUCAACCUUUACACUUCUAAAGCACAGAGUUAAGCAUGUAUGUGAACUGCAGGGUCGAAACAGUUUCCUGCACAUGUGUGGGAUUGAGUCUUUGUGUAUAAACGUGUACUUGCACAUGUAUGUGACAAAUUCCACUGUCUUGAAGAGGGUCGCAGGUAUUGACUCGGUGUAUGUUUGAUUGGUUAAAGAGAAGGUUAUCUUUAAAAACAAAAAAAAGCACUUUAUUGUUUGCAAUGCCAUGUGUGAAUGAUAGAAAACCAAUAUAACUUAAAUGUAGAUUAACGCCUUUUAUGCUGUGGAUAACAAGGUCAUUCAAAUGCAAUAGGAACUAAAACAAUGAGAACAAAUGGAAAUUGUUUGCAUAUUCUUUUUUGAUUUGGAGUAUUUAAUUAAAGCUGAAUGUUUUGGUA